AUGGGGAUGGCACAGUCCGCCACGGCUGUGGACACAGUCCGCCUGCAGUCGGACAUCUCCCUACUGCGGGAGCAGGCGGCUUCGGAGGUUGCAGGUGCACGCCAUGAGGCAGCGAUGCACAACCAGUUGAUAGCCUCUGGCAUGCAGGGGGAAGUGGCGUUGUUGCAAGAAAAGCUUCGCCAGAUGGAAGACCGCAUGAGGAGUCUGGAGCGCUACGUCGGGAAGCAGGACGACAAACGGCAAGCGCAAGAAGAGAAACGGCACGAGCUGGAACUGCAACUCCUCCGCGAACGGGGGGAGUACCAGGAAAGCGUGAGGAUGUUGAAAGCAUCCGUUGUUGACCUGGAAUCGCAAGUGGUGGCUUCGUUCGAGAAGAAGUAUCGAGACCUCAGCAUGGAGUGCAACCAGAAGAUCGAAAAAGAACGCGAGCGGGUUGAUCGGGCCGUCGCCAGGGUGUCCGAGGUCGAGAACGCCGUCGCACAGGCUUCUCUCAUGGAAGCAGUGCUAAAAGAGGUCUCGGAGAAGCUCACCACAGCGGGGUCUGAAGGAAACGGGGCCCAGAUGGCACAGCUUCUGACGGAGGUUGCUCGAAUGGGCUCCACUGCUGCAGAGGUGUAG